AGCUAGCUUAAUGACAGUGUUAAAUAAUCUCCUUGUUCUGCUUUGUGUUUUUCUCUCAUUUGCUUCCAUUUCUAAUAACAACUUCUUCACUCAAGCUUGUUUUAGUACUAAUCAUGGUGAUGCUGCUCUCCAAAUCGGUGCUUACUACCAUACUUGCCCUGAUGUUGAACGUAUCAUUUACUCAAAGGUUGAGGAAGCUGUGAUGAACGAACCACGAAUGGCUGCUUCGCUUCUUCGUCUCCAUUUCCAUGAUUGUUUUGUUAAUGGUUGCGAUGCUUCUGUGUUGUUAGAUGAUACAAGUACGUUUGUUGGAGAAAAGACUGCACUACCCAACUUGAAUUCUCUGAGAGGGUUUGAUGUGGUUGAUGCAAUAAAAUCUGAACUUGAAUCUGUGUGCCCGGAGACUGUUUCAUGCGCUGACAUUCUCGCCACUGCUGCACGAGACUCCGUUGUUCUGUCUGGUGGACCGGGAUGGGAUGUUCUGAUGGGUAGAAAGGACAGCUUGAGUGCUAGCAAAACAGAUGCAAAUAACAACAUUCCAGCUCCAAAUUCAGAUCUGAACACCCUCAUCACCAAAUUCCAGAAUGUUGGCCUUGACUACACUGACAUGGUUGCUCUGUCAGGUGCACACACCAUCGGUCAAGCUAGGUGCUCGUCAUUCAGCUCUUCUCUUCAGGGUCGUAGCAGCAGUAGCUCUGAUGGACCAGCCCUCGACCUACAAUUUGUAGCAUCAUUGAAGCAGCUUUGCUCCAACGCUGAAAGCAACAACAGUGCAACUCUAACAGCUCUGGACCUGGCAACACCAGCAACAUUUGAUAAUCAGUACUUCAUAAACCUUGUCUCCGGUGAGGCACUUCUGCCUUCUGAUCAAGUGCUCGCUGCUGGGAAUAGUCCAACUCUCGAGAUAGUGGAGUCAUAUGCAAUCGACCCACUGGCUUUCUUUGAGGACUUCAAACAGUCUAUGUUAAGGAUGGGAAGCUUGAGUCCACUUACCGGCGCAAAUGGCCAGAUCCGUCCGAACUGUAGGGUCACCAACUAAUAGGCUGUUAUGAUUAAGAAUACCAUUUUAUUGUUGCUAGUUCAUGAUGGUGUAAGUUUGAAUCGGUUGUGUUAACGACCGUUAUCAGCAUUAUUAUUAUCUAUUA